AUGGCUCAUAAGAUCUCCUGCAUUGAACUUCUUUCUCUCCUGGUCCUAUCAGGAUUUCUAUUUCCUGGAACUAUAAAAUUUGCACUUUCCACUGGGGGAACCACUUCAGGUUGCUUCGAAAGUGAAAGAGAAGCACUCACCAAGUUGAGAGGUGGCUUUACAGAUCCUUCAGGCCGGCUUGCUUCAUGGGUUGGGAAAGAUUGCUGCAAUUGGAGAGGAAUUGUAUGCAGCAACCUGACUGGGCGAGUCGUCAAGAUCAAUCUCCACAACCUGUAUGUGGAUGAUAGUCUAAGCGGUGAUCUUAAGCCAGAGCAAGCGCUGGGGGGUGAGAUCAGUCCUUCUCUGCUCGAUGUAAAAGAGUUGAAGUACUUGGAUUUGAGCAUGAACAAUUUUGGAGGCACCAAACUCCCUGGAUUCAUCGGUUCGCUAAAGCAGCUGACAUAUCUCAAUCUGUCAGGCGCAUCUUUUGGUGGAACGAUCCCUCCAAGUCUUGGGAAUCUUUCGCGACUGCAGUAUCUGGACCUCAGCAAUUGUUUUGCCGAAUCCCAAAAUGAUCUUCUCUGGCUUCGUGGCCUUUCCUCCCUUAAAUACCUUAAUCUCGGAGCCAUCGAUCUCAGUAAAUCUGCAGAUCAUUGGCUUCGAGCUAUCAAUUUUCUAUCUUCUCUCAGAGAGUUGCACUUGCCCAACUGUUUCCUGUCAAAGCUUCCUCUUUCUCUUCCAUUCAUCAACGUCACAUCGCUCGAGAUCCUUGAUCUCUCGAACGAUGACUUCAACUCUACGUUGCCCUGGUGGCUGUUCAAUCUCACUCUCCUUGUUCAUCUUGAUCUUAACUCAAAUAGUCUCAGGGGUGAGCUUCCAGAUGAAUUUGCUAAUUUAGCAUCCCUCCAAGAACUUGACAUGUCCCAGAAUUUCUCAAAACUUUCUGUCAAUAACAUCACCGGUGAUAUAACUGAUUUUAUCAACGGGUUAGCUCGAUGCAACGAUAGCAAUUUGGAGAAUCUGGACUUGGGGAACAAUCAGUUGUCUGGUAAUCUGCCAGAUUCUCUAGGAAACCUGAAGAAGUUAAGGUACCUCCGAUUUUCGUCUAAUUCAUUUCAAGGUUCUAUUCCACGGACGAUUGGAAACUCAUCAUCUUUGAAAGAGUUUUACGUUGCCAACAACGGGAUGAGUGGGAUUCCUGAAAGUUUUGGGCAACUGUCGACGUUGGUCGCGGUGGAUCUCUCUGAGAACUUGUGGGAAGGAGUGGUGACGGAGCACCACCUGGCAAAUCUCUCGAGCCUUACGGAUCUUGACUUGGAUAAACUGUCUCCAAACAUUUCCUUGGCAUUUAACAUAGCCCCCGGUUGGAUUCCUCCCUUCAAGCUCAGGUACCUGAACAUCAGGUCUUGCCAAUUGGGUCCUGAGUUUCCUACUUGGCUCAGGAAUCAAAACCACCUCAAGACCGUGGUGUUGAAAAACGCCAGAAUUUCGGGAACCAUACCUGAAUGGUUCUUGCAGCUGAAUCUGCAAUUAGAGGAACUAGGCGUCGCGUAUAAUCAACUCACUGGCAAGCCACCCACCUCGCUGACGUUUGUAGACGAUCAGUCCAAUGUCGACUUGAGUUCGAACUCGUAUGAAGGUCCUCUUCCUAUGUGGUCUUCCAAUGUGACGACACUGUAUCUCAGAGAUAAUCACUUCUCCGGUCCCAUUCCUCCUAACAUCGGCGAACUCAUGCCUCGCCUGACAGAUUUAGACAUAUCUCGGAAUGCCCUAAAUGGUACCAUUCCCUUGUCCAUCGGGAAAAUGACCAAUUUGACAACCUUGGUCAUCUCCAACAACUACCUAUCCGGAGAAAUACCGCGGUUCUGGAGCAACUUGCCCUUCCUGUAUAUUCUUGACAUGUCAAACAAUAGCCUUUCGGGUCCAAUACCGAGAGAGGUCAGCUUUCUUUCCUCUCUCAGGUUCCUCAUACUGAGUAACAACAAUCUCUCUGGCAAACUUCCGUCCUCCUUGCGGAACUGCAGCUCUCUCCACAGUCUGGAUCUAGGCGAGAACAAGUUCUCAGGAAACAUUCCCGCAUGGAUUGCAGAGAGCAUUCCUUCCUUACUGAUUUUGCGCCUGCGGUCCAAUUCGUUUACCGGGAAAAUUCCUCCUCAGAUAUGCCGUCUUUCGAAUCUCCACAUAGUAGACCUCUCUCACAACAGCUUGUCAGGAUCAAUUCCGCCAUGCAUUGGAAACUUAACAGGCUUGAAAGUGGAGCUCACGGAUGCCGACACAGAGAGGUACGAGGGACGCUUGACCGUGGUGGCCAAAGGACGGAUUGUUCAAUAUGAUCAAAAAAUUCUUUACCUCGUCAACAGUUUGGAUCUCUCGGACAACCGCUUGUCUGGGGAGAUUCCUGAAGCGCUAACAGCCCUCGUGAGGUUGUGGACCUUGAAUUUGUCCAUGAACCAUUUCACUGGAAGAAUACCGAUCGACAUUGGGAACUUGGAAUGGCUAGAAACUCUCGACUUAUCAAGCAACAAUCUCUCGGGACCACUUCCUCCGAGCAUCACCGCUUUAACAAAGCUGAAUCACUUGAAACUGUCAUACAACAACUUGUGGGGGAAAAUCCCGACGGCCAACCAGUUCCAAACCCUCAACGACCCAUCGAUUUACGAGGGCAACGUCGGCCUCUGUGGGAUUCCAUUGCCAGAGUUAUGCCCGGGAGAUGAGAAACAGCCACAAUCUCCUGACGAUGGCGGCGGAAACACCAAGAGCGAAGACGGAGGCGAUGAUCUCGAACGUUUGUGGCUCUUCCUGAGCAUUGGGCUCGGUUUCUCUGUCGGGUUCUGGGGCGUCUGCGGCACUUUGAUCUUAAAGAAGUCCUGGAGAGAUGCUUACCAUGGUUACGUCGACAGGAUGAAGAACAAGCUAAUUGUUGCUACACUCAUCGCAUGUCGGACGGACUAGUAUGCAAGCAUGUAUUCAGGGAUAUGAUUCAGGGCUUACUAUCGUUAGACAUUUUAUGAAUGUAGCAGCUAAGCACAGGGAACAUACUCCACAUGUUUCUAGCAUUGCCAAUAA